GUCAACAAAUAGCUCGUCUCUGCCGACUUUACUUGAAGAGCCCGAAUCUCCCUCUCCCUCUCCCUCUCCCUCUCCCUCUCACCUCCAAAUUCCCAAAACCCUCGAUUUCCACGCACCUCCUCCGCCCCCGAAUCUCGUCUCGAUCGGGGCGGCGACCCCCCCACCACCACCGGGGGGUGAAAUCGAGGACCGGCGGCGACCGGGGCUGGACGGCGAGAUCGAGCUCCCGACCACCCGAUCCCUCCGCGGCGGCGGCCGGCGCGUCGGCUCUGGCAUGCGCGGAUCCGGGGUCGCGAUGGCGUGGAACGUGUUCAAGUUCUGCACCGCCCUCCGGGGCCUCGGCUCCAUCAUGAUCCUGCUCGUGCUCGGCGUCGUCGGCGUCACCUACUACGCCGUCGUCGUGACCAGCUACGGCCCCGCCCUGCUCGCCGGUGGCGUCGGGGCGUUGGCCGCCCUGGCCGUCCUGGUCUUGUUCCACGGCCUCUUGGUGAUGCUGCUGUGGAGUUACUUCUCGGUUGUGUUCACCGACCCUGGUGGUGUUCCACCCAAUUGGAGGCCUAGUAUUGAUGAGGAGAGAGGGGAGUCUGAUCCGCUCACUUUACCUGACUUGAGUGGUUUGCAAUCCGAUCCAUCCAAUCAAAGAAUCCGUUAUUGUCGAAAGUGUAACCAUUUCAAGCCGCCUCGCUGUCAUCAUUGUUCUGUUUGUGGAAGCUGUGUGCUCAAAAUGGAUCAUCAUUGUGUAUGGGUUGUCAACUGUGUUGGAGCAUUAAAUUACAAAUAUUUCCUUCUUUUUCUGUUCUAUACCUUCCUUGAGACAAGUGUCGUUACUUUGGCCUUACUUCCACACUUCAUAGCAUUCUUUACUGAUGGAGAGAUACCUGGAACCCCUGGCACUCUUGCAACGACUUUUCUUUCUUUCGUUUUGAAUUUGGCAUUUGCAUUGAGCGUAUUGGGCUUCCUGAUCUUGCAUAUAUCUUUGGUUGCUGCCAACACCACCACAAUCGAGGCUUAUGAGAAGAAGACCACUCCCAGAUGGCGUUAUGACCUUGGACGGAAAAGAAAUUUUGAGCAGGUGUUUGGAACAGAUAAACUAUACUGGUUCGUUCCAGCUUAUCUGGAGGAAGAUAAGAAGCGAAUGCCAUCUCUGCACGGUCUUGACUACCCAGUGAGACCCGAAUUUGGUUCAGAAGCAUUCUAGGAACCAUCUCACUGUUCAUUUCCCAGGAGGAUCCAGAAAUGUGCCUCAUAAAUCUUGGGAGAUGGAUCUCUUUGACAACUGCGUCCUUUCCAUCACUAAAAGGAGGCUGCUGCUAAAUUUGGCUCCAUGAUUCGUGUUUCCUGGAUAACUUAAUUUAGAAGAAGAGAGCAAGCGGGAAAGGGGGUGGCUUGCCUCGUGUGAAUCGAGGAGUCGUGCCGAGCAGAGCAAGAUGGGUCGAGCAUAUGAUCUGUACAUAAGGUUGAGUAGAUUCGGAAGAUUGCGAGGUAAGGAACCCCAGUGCACAAUUUGUUCGGUCAAUGUCGAGAUGUUCUGUUCAGUCUCACUGAAGCGUAGAUUCAGUUCUGGUGGAUUAGAGGGCUGUUGAGUGAUGCCUGAGUUGUUUAAGUACUACUACUACACAAAUAAUAUCUGACCUCAAACGUCUUCCUGCAA